CUCGACCAAACAACCUUCGUCCUCUUUUCACUCACUCACACACACUCACUCACCACCACCUGUUGAUAUAUACGACCUUUGUCUUGCUACACACAACACCUCCUCGUGCUUUGCCUCGCAUCGUCUCGUGUCUAUCGCAAGGUCGUUCGACAAGUCACCUCACGUCAGAACACACACACUACAUACCUCACCCAACACCACCUACGUGACUUGCCUCUCUUCCCCCCUCCUCCCACUCACCACUACCAAACACUAGAGCACUCUUCAUCCUCACCAUGUUGACCUCUCGUUUCGGUAACGCCUCCCGGUUGGCCACCUCGGCCCUCCGAAUGAACGCCUCGAGGUCGAUGGCCUCGAUCGCCGACCAAAAGGUCGAGAUGGCGCCCCUCGAGACCGGAAAGGGACACUACAUCAACUACAAGCGGAUCGAGGACAACCUCAAGAUCGUCCGACAGCGAUUGAACAACGCCCCGAUGACCCUCGCCGAAAAGAUCGUCUAUGGUCACUUGGACGACGCUCACAACGCCGAGAUCGCCCGAGGACAGUCUUACCUCAAGUUGAGGCCUGACCGAGUCGCCUGUCAGGAUGCUACCGCCCAGAUGGCCCUGUUGCAAUUCAUGUCCGCUGGACUCCCUACCACCGCCGUCCCGACCACCGUGCACUGUGAUCACUUGAUCCAGGCUCAGGUCGGAGGUGUUCCCGAUUUGAAGCGGGCUAUCGACAUCAACAAGGAGGUCUACGACUUUUUGGCCACUUCCUGUGCCAAGUACGGAAUCGGUUUCUGGAAGCCAGGUUCGGGAAUUAUCCACCAGAUCAUCCUCGAAAACUACGCCGUCCCCGGUCUCAUGAUGAUUGGUACCGACUCGCACACCCCGAACGCGGGAGGUUUAGGCAUGGUCGCCUGUGGUGUCGGUGGUGCCGAUGCCGUCGACGUCAUGGCCGGUCUGCCUUGGGAGUUGAAGUGCCCCAAGGUCAUCGGAGUGCACCUCGAUGGAAAGAUGGGCGGAUGGACGACCCCCAAGGACGUCAUCCUCAACGUCGCCGGAACCCUGACCGUCAAGGGAGGUACCGGUGCCAUCAUCGAAUACUACGGACCCGGUGUCGAGUCGCUCUCGUGUACCGGUAUGGCCACCAUCUGUAACAUGGGUGCCGAGAUCGGAGCUACCACCUCGGUCUUCCCUUACAACCACCGAAUGGGCGCCUACCUCGACGCUACCAACCGAUCUCACGUCGCCAAGUACGCCAACGAGUUCAAGCACAACUUGCAGGCCGACAAGGGUGCCGAAUACGACCAGGUCAUCAACGUCAACCUCUCCGAGCUCGAGCCCCACAUCAACGGUCCCUUCACCCCGGAUCUCGCCACCCCCAUCUCCAAGUUCGCCCAGGCCGUCAAGGACAACGACUGGCCCGCCGAGCUCAAGGUCGGUCUUAUCGGAUCCUGCACCAACUCGUCUUACGAGGACAUGUCCCGAUCGGCUGCCAUCGCUGCCGAGGCCCAGGCCCACGGUUUGAGCACCAAGGCCAAGUUCACCAUCACCCCCGGUUCCGAGCAGGUCAGGGCCACCAUUGCCCGUGACGGAUUCGUCAAGACCUUCGAAGACGUCGGCGGAGUCGUCCUCGCCAACGCCUGUGGACCCUGUAUCGGACAGUGGGACAGGCAGGACAUCAAGAAAGGUGACAAGAACUCGAUCAUCACCUCGUACAACCGAAACUUUACCGGACGUAACGACGCCAACCCGGCCACCCACGCCUUUGUCGCCUCGCCCGACCUCGUCACUGCCAUGUCGUUUGCCGGUUCGUUGACCUUCAACCCCUUGACCGACUCGCUCAAGGGUGCCGACGGCAAGGAGUUCAAGUUCUCCGACCCCGCCGGUUUCGAGCUCCCCGCCAAGGGUUACGAUGCCGGUGAGAACACUUACCAGGCUCCUCCCGAGGACAGGUCGUCCGUCCAGGUCGCCGUCGACCCCAAGUCGGACCGUCUCCAGCUCUUGAAGCCCUUCCAGGCUUGGAACGGAAAGGACAUCGUCGACGCUCCCGUCCUCAUCAAGGUCGUCGGCAAGUGUACUACCGACCACAUCUCGGCCGGUGGACCUUGGUUGCGAUUCCGAGGACACUUGGAGAACAUCUCCCAGAACAUGUUGAUCGGUGGUUUGUCCGACGAGGGCCACGUCAACAAGGUCAUCAACCAGACCACUGGAGAGUACGGUGCCGUUCCCGAGGUCGGAGCCGCUUACCGUGAGGCCGGUCAGCCUUGGGUCAUCGUCGGUGACCACAACUACGGUGAGGGUUCUUCUCGAGAGCACGCCGCCCUCGAGCCCCGAUUCCUCGGAGGAGCCGCCGUCAUCGUCAAGUCGUUUGCUCGAAUCCACGAGACCAACUUGAAGAAGCAGGGUAUGCUCCCCUUGUGGUUCAAGAACGAGGCCGACUACGACAAGAUCAAGGGUACCGACAAGAUCUCGAUCCUCGGAUUGAAGGAGUUUGCUCCCGGCAAGGACUUGAGCCUCGAGGUCACCCACAAGGACGGAUCCAAGGACACCAUCCCCGUCACCCACACCUUCAACGAGGGACAGAUCGGUUGGUUCCGAGCUGGAUCAGCCCUCAACUUGAUGGCCAAGGCUGCCAACUAGGCUUGUUCCAUAAAAUAAAAUCGAGCCUUUGACAACAAUUCGACUUGACGACUUUUCGCUUUUGAUUUCACGAUGUAAUCCUCAUAUAUUUCUCGGUUAGGAGCUGGGAGAAUGCUUUCCAGUAUACCUAUGUAUUAUCACGGACAAACAAGUUUUGGGGUCGUGGUCGUCCACAGAUUGGGAGCUAGAGAUCCUGCAUGAUCAGCAGGCCGGACCAGUUUUGCAAGAUAUGGAUGCGGUUUGUCGUCGA